UACCUGCCCACACAGGUGUGGGCUACUCGUCAUCUGCUCAGGGGGGCUGUCGCCACCAGGUAGGUUUUUACAGGUACGACUAAGCAUCGUCCCGGUGCUACCAAACAUCUUAAACCCUUUCCUCCCGGGACCACUGAGAUGCACCGUUAAAGUUUCGGCGGGGACUUCCUUUCGGACUCUGAGAUGAACUUAAAGUGGACAGUGAAACGAUUUCUUCUUAUGUCGUUUUCAAUCUCCCACUUGCUGUUACUUGAGGGAGCUCAGAGCCGACUUUCAGUGGCAGAAGGAAGACUGCAGAGAAGGGCUAAUGCACUUCGGAGGAAACGGGAUCUCCUCGGGGAGGAGACGUACAGACCACUGCUGUCAGAAGGAACUCUGUCACGCAGCAUCUUACACAACUACACAGCCAGAGAUGCCUCGUCAGAAUAUUGCGGCUGCCUCAAUGGUGGCUGGUGUCAAGAGGGCGGUGUGUGUGACUGUGCUCAGUUCCAGGCACUGGGAGACCGCUGCCAGAUCAUACCUAACCAGGGCCAGGAUAGAGAUGGCAUUUGCAGGUCAUGGGGUCAGCACCACUAUGAAACAUUUGAUGGAAUCUAUUUCUACUUCCCUGGAACCUGCUCUUACGUUCUGGCGCAGGACUGCCACUCAGCUACACCACAGUACACUGUGUGGGUCCACAACAGCAGAUCGUGUGACGGGAGUGUGUAUUUAUGCCCAAGAGCUCUCAGUCUGUUCUUCCCAAAUGAGGAGGAGAUCCACAUCUCUGGAUAUCAGGUCCACCAAGGAGGCCACAGGUUAAGUCUGCCUCAGACUAUUGGCGGAGUGUUCAUUGAGCGACUGGCCGAUUACCUGCUGGUGAAGAGUGUGUUUGGCUUCUCUUUGGCCUGGGAUGGAGGCUCGGGCGUCUACCUGAAGAUGAGUGAGGAGCACCAGGGUACCCCCUGUGGCCUGUGCGGGAACUUCAACCACAUUGCUGGUGAUGACCUCACCACUACCCGAGGCAUUCGGACAGAUGAGCCUUCAUUGUUUGCUAACAGCUGGGCGGUGGACCUGCCUCAUGAGAGAGCCUGUCCCUCAGUAGAUAUCGACUUCAAUGGGCCCUGCCAAUCUGAAUCAGACAUGGACGAUGCCAUAGAGAAAUGCAGUGCACUUCUCUUCUUCCCAUUUCUCUCCUGUCAUGAAAACAUUGACCCAAAUCCCUUUGUGGCUAGUUGUGUGUCUGACCUUUGUGGGUCUGAUGACGAAGAAACAUUUUGUCGAGCCUUGGUUGAGUACACCAGGGCUUGCUCACAUGUUGGAUAUCCAGUAAGAGAAUGGCGAGACAACUUCCCUUCUUGUAAUGAUGGCUGUGAGGAGAGUUUUGUCUAUAGAGACUGCAUCAGUUGCUGUCCGCCCACCUGUACAUUUGAGAAAGAGUGCCUGGGAACCAACCUACAUUGUCUGGAUGGAUGCUACUGCCCUGAUGGUCUUAUCUUACAAAAUGGAACAUGUAUUGCUGUUUCUCAGUGUCCAUGUGUUUAUCAUGGUACAUCAUAUGUACAAGGGCAUGUGCUUCAACAAGGAUGUAGUGUCUGCGUGUGCACGGGAGGAGUGUGGAACUGCACUGAGAACAACUGCACAGCGGAGUGUUCGGUGGUCGGUGAUGUGUUUAUGACCACAUUUGAUGGUAGGAUGUUUCUCCAACCGGGGGCGUGUCAGUACGUCCUGGCAAAGAGCCGCAGCACCAGCAGAUUUACCGUCACACUGCAGUAUACUACCUGCACAGAGCAGCAGAUGUGUAUUCAGUCAGUGACAGUGGUGUUGGAUGAGGAUGUAAGUCGUCAGAUCACUUUGACCAGAGAGGGCGAGGUGAUAAUCGGUGUCAACCCAGCGCCUGUCCUGCCCUAUGUUGAUGAUGCAGUGGAGGUGCAGAAGCUGACCUCUGUGUUUACACAGCUGAAGGCAGAAAUUGGUCUGAGGCUGCAUUAUGAUGGUCGAGGGGGGCGGAUCUACCUGCAGCUGGAUAACCAGUGGCGUGGACAGACUCUGGGGCUUUGUGGAACUUUCAAUGGAAACCUACGAGAUGAUUUCCUGUCUCCAGCAGGUAUGAUAGAAGGCACUCCUCAGCUUCACGCCAAUGCUUGGAAGGUUUCGUCUGCUUGUGUCGCUCCAGUCAACCUGCCCAUCGUAGACCCAUGUGAAAUGAACCAGAACAACGUAUUCUAUGCAUCCCAAUGUGAGGUGCUUGUGGGGAAUGUGUUUGCCCCGUGUCACGGCUACAUCAGUCCAAACAUCUACCAGCAGCAGUGCCGCUACCAGGCCUGUCGUUGUGGGAGCAGUUGUUUGUGCACGGCACUGGCUCACUACGCUUACCUCUGCUCCAAACACGGAGUCGACAUUGAUUUCCGAUCACACGUCUCAGAAUGUGGAGUGGUGUGCCUUGGAGGCAUGUUGUACAGCCAUUGUGUGUCAUCUUGCGGACGAUCCUGUCGUGCUCUGUCAAGCACUGAGACGUGUAAUCCUGACGAAUGUGCUGAGGGCUGUGGCUGUCCAGUCGGCAGCUACUACGAUGAUGUGCGCCAGCGUUGUGUACAACUGUCACAGUGUCACUGUUACUCCAUGGGUGGUGCGUCGCAGCCAGGGGAGGUGACCUUCAGCGCCUCUGGCCCCUGCCUGUGCAGAAAUGGGAAGAUGGAGUGUGUGCCAGAGGAAAAAGAGCCAGACAGUGUAGAGGUCGGGGAGUGUCCAGAGGGGAAAGUGUACCACAGCUGCACCGAGCAAAGAGGAGGCGUGGCCUGUGCACCUACCUGCCGUAACCUGAUGUUGAACCUCACCUGUCCUCCAAACACUCCAUGCAUCCCUGGCUGUGUCUGCCCUCCUGGGCUGGUGCUGCACCAUGGGCAGUGUUACUAUCCAGAGAACUGUCCCUGUGCCUGGAUGGGCCUUGAAUACCUGCCUGGAGAAACUGUGGAAACACCAUGUUACAGAUGUAUGUGCCACCGUGGCUAUUUUAACUGUAGCUACUCACCGUGUCCAGCUGUGUGUACUGUCUACAGCGACAGACACUACCACACCUUCGAUGGCCUUGAGUAUGACUACAAAUCUGACUGUCAGGUCUACCUGAUUAAAGGUACAGGAGAAACCGAGGUGUCCAUUGUUGCCCAAAACAAGGACUGCUAUGAGAGCGGCAUUGUGUGCAUGAAAAUACUGGUCAUUCACGUGGGACUUACCAAGAUCUACUUCACCGACAACUCUGGCAACCCUAAUCCGUCCACUGUUGUAGGUCGAGGGUCAGAGUUUCAGCUUUGGAAAGCAGGCUACUACACUGUGGUCCACUUCUCUAAUCAGGACCUGACCAUCCUAUGGGACCGUAAGACAACUGUACACAUCAGAGCUGGACCACAUUGGAAGGGUCUUCUUGGUGGGCUAUGCGGAAACUUUGACAGUGUGACAGUGAAUGAUAUGACCACCUCCAGCCACAUGGAAGUCAAUAAUGCACAGAGCUUUGGAGACAGCUGGGCACUUGGACAGUGUGAAAGUGACUAUGUAGUUGAGCGACCAUGUGAAGGGGACUUAGGCAGACAGCCUUACGCCAAGAGGGAGUGUGCUCUCCUCUACAGUGACGUCUUUGCACCCUGCCACAACGUGGUGGACGUGGCCUGGUUCUAUAGGAACUGCUUGACAGACACUUGCAAUUGUAACCGUGGGGGAGACUGUGAGUGUCUCUGUACAUCCAUCGCUGCGUAUGCACACAAAUGCUGUCAACAGGGGGUCACAAUAAACUGGAGAUCACCCUCUGUCUGUCCCUAUGAUUGUGAAUACUAUAAUCAAGAGCUAGGUGAAGGCCCAUUUUCCCUGGUGAGUGCUGUUCAUAAUGACACCAUGUUUGGGGUGAAUCGCACCAGCAGCUUAGUGUUUCCUCUGGUGAGAGAGCGACCAGGGCAGUUACCUGCCCCUGGUCUACUGUUCAACUUCAUGAUCACAGCAGGCCUGCAGAAGGACAAAACAUCACGUGUCCCUGUGGUGUCAUUGGAGUCUGCAGAAAGACCAAACUAUUUCCUUGCUGUGGGCGCAGGACGCAGCCGUCUUCAGAUGGAGCAGUGGAGUCGAGGGGCGGAUUUUAGUCGCAGGGCAACCUUUAUCCAACACCAGGGGCUGUUUUUGCCAGGUCACACCUCGUUCGAGCUUGUCGGCCAACGUGGAAUCUUUCUGUCCCUGACACGCAAUGCUGCGAGAGCUCAGAGAUACGACACCUCAGAGGACUUCAAAGGCAGCAGCAGCUUCACGUUAGAGGAGAGCAGUUUUGUGAUACCAUACCGUAUGAUGUGUGAAUGGCGCUACCAGUCCUGUGCGAGUCCUUGUGUCCACACAUGCAGUGACCCAGAUGCCACACGCUGCCAGUUCCUGCCUCCUGUGGAGGGCUGCUUCCCACGCUGUCCCAAGAACAUGGUCCUUGAUGAAGUCACAAGGAGAUGUGUCUACACAGAGGACUGUGUGUCCCUUCCCCCAACUCCGACGCCCUUUGCAUAUGUGACACGGUCCAACAGAACUACAACAGCACCAACAACAGCACCAACAACAACUACAACAACAGCACCAACAACGAAGGCCAACAACCACAACCACCACUACUACCACAACCACUACGACCACAACAACCACAACCAGACAACCACAACCAGAGCCAAACCACAAACCAGAGCAACCACAACUAAGAGCAACCACAACCAGAGCAACCACAACCAGAGCAACCACAACCAGAGCAACGACUACCUCCUCCACUACUGUCAGGCCCACAACAACCACACCACUCCCACUACUCCCAGCACAACCAGGUCACUACAGCUGUCACCACCCCUGAGGCCACCACCCACUGAGGCUACCACAGUCCCAUCGACUUCCUCUCCUCCACCACCUACUACUCUUGCUUCCACCACCCUCCCACCCCCACCCACCACUCCUACUAAAACCACCACCACCACCACCACAACCACCACCACCACCACCGUUACUACACCAUCAACACCAGCCCCGACAACCGCAGCAGUGGUUGAAUGUAAAGAUCCUAAGAUUGAAAACGCUGACCAGAUUGAAGGGUCUCCCCCUUAUAGACUAAACAAUAGGGUGACAUUCAAGUGCAAACCUGGAUAUGAAAUGAUAGGGGCGCCUACAAUGACAUGUGGUGAAAAUAAUGAGUGGACACCUGUACCAACAUGUAAAAAAUUACCAACCACAACAACUACUACUACUACUACUACUCCUACUACAACUACCACCACCACCACCACAACCACCACCACCACCACCGUUACUACACCAUCAACACCACCCCCGACAACCGCAGUAACUUCCACCCCACCUCUUGCAACCUCCCCCACCACACAGCCACCACCCACCACAACCAUCACAACUGCACCUCCCACCACCACCCCCACUGUCCCUGAAACCACCACCGAAACCACGACCACUCCUCAACCUACGCCACCGGUUACAACUGUCACCACGGAGACCACCACCCCAACGCCAACCUCAACAGUUGUGACAUCGACAGCACCACCUACUACAACCACUGAGCCCACUACCGAGUCUGUUACCACUGAAAUAAUCACAAGCCCCAGCACCACUCCUGUAACAGAGGAAACAUCAACUGUACAACCUUUCCUCCUGCCCACUACACCCUGCACACCUCCAUACUCCUAUCGCAUCGACGAGUGUGCUGAGCUGAUCUGUUUCAAUGGAGAGCUGCUGCUUCACAACUCCUCUCUACACUGCCGCUUCAACACCACACAGCCCCAGUGCAGCCUGCUGGGCAUGCCCAUCCUCGUUAACACAGACCCCUGCUGUCCACUGUGGCGGUGCCCCUGUCGCUGCACCAUGAUGUCUGACCUGCGUGUUAUCACAUUUGACGGCAACAACGUGGCCCUGUAUGAUAACGGCUCAUACAUCCUGGUUAGCCUGCCCCAAGAGACUAUCAUUGGAACUGUGGAGAAAUGUCCGACCAGCCAGAGUGUAAACUCCAUCAGACGACCUAGUCCUACAGGUGGAACAUCUGGUCUAUGUUUUAAGAAACUGAACAUCACCACAUCCUCCUAUAGAAUCAUUAUCCACCGACUGGAUCGCAAGGUGACAGUAAACUAUAGACCUGUUAGACUUCCAUUCUCCCGCCAUGCUCUUUAUGUGGAAGACACAGGCAGCAUGUACCUGAUCCACACACCUGGUGGGGUCAACAUACAAUGGUAUCACAGCACUGGCAUCAUGGUGCUGCAGUACAUCGCCCCCUAUAAUGCAUCUGUGCCUACUCGAGGCCUGUGUGGUUGUUGUGAUGGGAACCCAGAGGAUGACCUAAAGCUGCCCAAUGGCACAGUGGUCAGAGAGUUGGGAGACAUGAUGCUCUUCCUGCAUGCUUGGAGAGUCCCAACCACUGAUGAAACCGAACACACACGCAGGGUCGGGGAUAACUGCACCACCGGAGACUGCUCCUCCUGUCUCUCCAUGCUGCGCCAGAGAACCUUUACACCGUGCCACAGCAAGGUCACUCCAGAGCAGUUCUGCGACAUCAUGUGGGCCGGAGAUUUACACUACAAGGAUCACCAGUGUGACUUUUUAGCAGCGUACGUGGCGGUCUGCUACACACAUCAAGUCUGCAUCAACUGGAGGCGACACAACUUCUGCCCAUUGCAUUGUCCCCCUGGUAAGGAGUACAAGCCAUGUGUGAGCACCUGCACCAGCCGCACCUGUCUGAACAGGGAGUACUACGAGGAGACCACCUGCUCCUUCAUAAGAGAGGAGUGUGUGUGCCGCAGUGGAACCAUCCUGCACCGAGCUGACUCCCCUUUCUGUGUAACUGAGGACCGCUGUGUAUGCACAGACAAUGAGGGAAACCCCCGGGCCCCGGGCGAGGUGUGGAAUGGCUCUGUUCGCAGCUGCUGUCUGUACAAGUGUUUGGAGAAUGGCUCUGUGGUGCCUGUUGAGGCAGAUUGCAACUCUGUCCCGACACCGCUGUGUGAGAGGGAGGGAGAGUAUGUACUGGACGUGAUGGAAGAAGGAGCCUGUUGCCCAAAGAAGAUCUGCGAGUGCAACAUGACAAUCUGUGACAGCGACGCUCCACCUUGUGAUAAUGGGGACAGGCUUGUGAUUGGUUACAGUGCUCUGUCCUGCUGCCCAGAAUACAGAUGCGAGUGUGACCCCAUGACAUGCCCUCGAGUGUCAGCCCCCCACUGCAGGGAAGAUCAGUUCUUAGUGGAGGUUAGGGGGGCGAAAUCCUGCUGCUACUCUUUUCUGUGUGUGUGUGAGUCAUGUAUUGAACCAAUUCCAACGUGUUCACAUGGAGAAAUUCUGGCUGUGGAUCUUAACACCACCAACAGCUGCUGUCCUCAGUACCAUUGUGUGUGUGAUGCCAACUUGUGCCCUGAAUCAUCUGUGAGCUGUGCACCCGGUCUCACUUUGGUUCAAACUACCGUCCCUGGGAAUUGCUGCCCACAGCACCAUUGUGAAUGCCAAUGUGAGGACAGCUCUGUCCCCAUCUGUCAGGUGGGGGAAGUGCUGGUCGAGAUUCCAGAUAGCAGCAUCAACUGUGGCUGUCCACAGUAUAUGUGCCAGAAGGCAGAGGUGUGUCUAUUCCAAGGAGUAACAGUGCUGGGACCAGGCCAGUCUUUAGUUCAGUACCUUGAAGGAGAGCUAUGUUAUACUGUCCACUGCCUACAUCACAAAGAUCCAGACUCUGGCUUUUACGCCAUGGAAAUUUCCUCUGUCAACUGCUCCCAAAAAUGUGGAUCACACCAGGUGUACGUACAAUCCGCUGACCCUCAGGUGUGCUGCGGCUCCUGUAAAAACAUCUCCUGUACUCACACCAACGAAAACGGGACAACAGAGCUUUUCGCUGCAGGGAGUUCCUGGGUGGAGAACUGCACACGUUACGACUGUAUGGAAACAACAGUGGGAGCAGUGAUACUUGCCUCUGGGGUGGUUUGUCCCCCUUUCAAUGACACAGAGUGUCUUCAGAAUGGCGGCGUAGUUCAGAGCUACGUUGACGGUUGCUGCAAGACAUGUAAAGAGGAUGGUAAAACAUGCAAACGCGUGGCUAUUCGGACUACCAUUCGAAAAGAUGACUGCAGGAGCAAUGCACCGGUCACAGUCUAUUCUUGUGAUGGGAAAUGUCCGUCUGCCACCAUAUUCAACUUUAACAUCAACAGUCACGCCCGUUUCUGUAAGUGCUGCCGCGAGAGUGGACUACAGACCCGCUCCGUCACACUCUACUGCUCUCGCAAUGCCACAGUCGUGGAGUACAACUUCCAAGAGCCUCUGGACUGUUCCUGCCAGUGGAACUAAGGCAGAAAAAUGAAUGGGAGCAUAACAAAUGGAGAAUGUAUGAAUAGAGGAGAAUUUUACAGUACUGGUGAACAUGCAUUAAAAAAAAAACAGCCAUGUUUCUUUUUGUUUGUCUAUGGUUCACUUAACAACGCUGACCUUGAGUCAUAGUUGUAACUAAAAGAUAUUGAAAAAAACUGAUGUUGAAGUUAAAGAUUGUUUUCAAGUAGUUUUUGUCUGCACAUUAGUUUCGCUGUGCCAAUCCAGUCAGCUUUCUAGAGCUUUCAAUUGAUAGUAUGACACCAAAUAGCCUCUCAUCUAC